UCUACUUAAUUUCAAACGGCCGAGGUUCGUUACCGUAUCAAGAAUCGGCCCAUUUACCCAUAAUUCCUAUGUCUGCAGUCCAAUACUGUAUUUUCACAUCACGUUUCAUUUCCCAUUGAGAGUUGCUCGUGAAUGCAUUCAGAUUUGAACAAUUUACUGUGGAUGCAGUAGGCCAUAACAUAAUUAUGUGCCAAGUCUGCAAACUGAUCAAGACGGGUGCCGCUGGAAGCUGACCAACCUAGGCUCCGGCUUGCGUCCCGUUUCCGUGUAUACUUAUUUCAAUUUCAUCAACCAUGCAUAUUUUCCGAGAUACGACACGUGUGGGACUCGAAGCAAUUUGAUGUCAUUAGCAGAAUGUUGAACAGUAAUCUUCAGUAACGGACAACAGAAAACAGAAAUGGCCUCUCUCUACACCCUUCUGAGUUUGUGUUGUCUGGCAGCUCCAGUGGUACUUGACCCCCCUCCUUUUAAAUUUCAGCCAGAACAGGUGCAUAUAUCUUAUCCAGGGGUCCCUUAUUCCAUUGUGAUUACUUGGACUACCUUCAAUAAGACGGAGAGCGUGGUAGAGUAUAAUGUGUGGGGUGGAAAGCUCUUUGAUCUCAGGGCCAAGGGGACCAGCACCAUAUUUGUGGACGGGGGGUCAGAGAAGAGAAAACUCUACAUUCACCGGGUCACACUGUCAGCCCUGAAGCCUGCUUCUGCCUACGUGUAUCACUGUGGCAGUGAAGCUGGUUGGAGUGACAUCCUCUACUUCAUUGCCCUCAACGAGAGCAAUGCUUGGAGCCCCAGGUUUGCUCUGUUCGGGGACAUGGGAAAUGAAAACCCCCAGUCACUGUCCAGACUCCAGAAGGAGACCCAAGUUAGAAUGUAUGACGCCAUCUUGCACAUUGGGGACUUUGCUUAUGACAUGGAUCAGGACAAUGGCAGGAUUGGGGAUGAGUUCAUGAACCAGAUCCAGUCCAUUGCUGCCUACGUGCCAUAUAUGACCUGCCCUGGGAACCACGAGAGUGCAUACAACUUCUCCAACUACAGGAACCGCUUCAGCAUGCCAGGAGACACGGACAGUCUGUGGUACAGCUGGAACAUAGGGCCAGCCCACAUUGUCUCUUUUUCCACUGAAGUCUACUUCUUUCUUGAUUAUGGUGUGGACCUCAUUUUCAAGCAGUACGAGUGGCUGAAAAAGGACCUGGAGGAGGCCAACAAACCAGAGAACAGGAAGGCACGGCCCUGGAUCAUCACCAUGGGACACAGACCUAUGUACUGCUCCAACGACGACAAGGAUGACUGCACUCGGUUUGAAAGCUAUGUCCGAAUGGGACGCAAUGACACCUCUCCACCUGCUCCAGGACUGGAAGAGCUCUUCUAUUUGCAUGGAGUAGACUUGGAGCUGUGGGCUCAUGAACAUACAUAUGAGAGGCUGUGGCCCGUCUUUGGGUAUAAGGUAUUUAAUGGAAGCAUAGAUGAGCCAUACGUGAAUCCCAAAGCUCCGGUUCAUAUUAUAACUGGCUCCGCUGGAUGCAAGGAGAAGCACGAUGGGUUCAUCCCAGAGCCGAGGGAUUGGAGCGCCUUCCGGAGCAGCGACUACGGCUACACCCGCAUGCAGGUGCUCAACGACACCCACCUGUACCUGGAGCAGGUCUCCGAUGACCAGUACGGCAAGGUGAUUGACAGCAUCUGGCUUGUGAAGGAAAAGCAUGGUGUGGCAGCCUGGCUCUGACCAACACUGGGUCUCAACGCUGGGAUGCGGUGACUUAUACUCAACAUAUCAAACUGGCACCUCUCUCAUAUAAGUGAAAGCACAAUCACUUGAAAGCUGCACUUUAGCAAUCUUUCAGCAAUGCAAUAAUACAUUCACAUAGUUCUUUUUUUUCUACUGUAAAGUAAUAUCGCAAAUGGUAAAAUGAUUAUGUCCUUUUAAUUUUGUAAUGCUUUUAAUGUUGUCUCUGACUCAAAACUCUAUCAAAAAAGGUAAAGCAUAGAUGCUUGCCAGAAAGUUCUUAGAUGGUUCAUGAAUCAGUUUUUAAUUGUAAAUAUAUAAAAUGGUUCCUUUGUGUUUUAAUGAUGCAAACAGAUGCAGGGAGACAGGUUUACUACCUGAUUUGAUUUAUGGCGAUAUAAAUGGCUUUCUUUUAAAUCCUUUAGUACUGUUGGCUACUGUUUUAAAGCCCAUAAUCUUUGGAUUGGCUAUAAAUAGACUGAUCCAGCAUUUUCUUGCCAAUAAGGGAAAUUGUAAUGGUUGUAAUGUAAAUGAUGUUAAUUUUUCACUUUUGUGUAUCUGGGAAACAGUUUACAUUAAAUGUAUGAAGGCCAAAGGCAUUUAUGAUUGUCUGCCAAUAAAACCCCUUCCUUUGA